CUUGCUCGCGCCCAACUUGCGCGUCCGCCCUCGCCUGCUAUGUCCCGUCCAAAUGAUGACAGGAACCAAGAGGCGACAGUCUAUCUCGGUAACCUAGACGAACGAUGUUCAGACGCGCUCGUUUGGGAGCUCAUGCUCCAGGCCGGACCAGUCGUCAACGUUCAUCUUCCCAAGGACCGUAUUUCAAUGGCCCACCAAGGAUAUGGCUUCUGUGAGUUCCUCACGGAGGAGGAUGCAGAGUACGCAUGCAAAAUCAUGAACCAGAUUAAGCUGUGGGGAAAGCCUAUACGAGUGAACAAGGCCUCGUCAGACAAGAAGCAGCUCGACGUCGGAGCGAACCUGUUCAUUGGGAACUUGGAUGACAAUGUCGACGAGCGGUUAUUGUACGACACAUUCAGCGCAUUCGGUCUCAUGGCUACGACUGCCAAGAUCGCCCGCGACCCCGGCUCCGGCAUGUCCAAGGGCUACGGCUUCGUCUCCUACAUCGACUUCGAAUCCUCAGACGCCGCCGUCGAAGCCAUGAACGGCCAAUACCUCAUGAACAAGCCCCUCACCGUGCAAUACGCGUUCAAAAAGGACGGCAAGGGCGAGCGCCACGGCACGUCCGCCGAGCGCACGCUCGCCGCGCAGGCGCGCAAGAACAACGCGCUCCCGCCGAACCGCCCCGGCGCGCCAUUCCACGGCUCGUACCAGGGCCAGUUCGCGGGCGCGCUCGCGGCGCCGCCUGCCCAGCCCGGGCCCGGUGGUAUGGCCCCGCCCAUGGCGCCCCCGCCUGGGUUUGCGCCGCAGCAGACGGUCGUGCCGGGGCAGGGGAUGCCGCAGAUGAUGGGCAUGCCGCCGCCUGGGAUGGGGAUGCCUAUGGGGAUGCCACCACCGCCGCCGCCUAUGGGGGGUAUGCAGCCGCAGGGGAUGUUUCCUCCUGGUGGAUUCCCGCCACCCCCGCCGCCUGGGUUUGGGCAGGGCAUGCCUGGGGGUGGGAUGCCUCCACCUAUGCAAUAUCAGCAGUAGCUUGAGUCGGCUGUGUUGCUUCAAAAGUACUGGAUGAUCGAUGUUGUAUUCGUU